AUGGUGAACGGUAAUUAUAUCAUUUACGGGGACAGACCGUCUUCAGAGUCGGAGAUCGUAGAUGACCACGUCCACACAAAGACUGCUGAAAAGAGAACAAAACGUAAAACUUAUCGUACGGCUAACGAACUUCAACCUACUUUGAACUUGGCUCAAUUGGAUAAUGAGACUGACUCCGUUAAAUGUGAAAAAAGAGUGAAAGAGCCGAAAUUACUGCGGUACGUGCCUACGACCGACGUGGAAGAGAACUUUGUAUCUGAGAGGUUUGAGACCUACGACUUAAAGCCAUCCGAAGAGCGGCCUAGAAGAUACGGAUUUACUAAGAAACCCAAAAAUCCAGCGGAUGGAUCUGUAAAUUACGCAUACUCUCGGUCGAGCAGCAGCUGCAGUUCCCCUAAUGGUAACUUGCCUACGAUAUCUGAACAUACAGAACAGUAUGGCACGUUUCGUAUUCAGCAUAUACCAGGUCCAGAUCCCAGUGAAAUGAUAACAGGCUUUGAAUCCAAGAUGGAUAAAUAUUUCGCCAAGCCAAGAGAAGUAAAAAAGUUUGCGGCUAAGGGCUCACAUCCGGACAGUUUAUACCGUGUGGCAUCGACUGGUGGCUCCUCCGGGGGGCGGGUGGCGCGCGUGCUUCGUGUACUGCGAUGGCCUGUCGCGCUGGUGCUUGUCUGCGUGGCACUGUCAGUCUUCGUCUACUUUCUCAUGCCAGGUAUCCAAAGUAACAUUAUUUUCUAUAACUAAGGUCUUUAGUAUACAUAUGGUGAUAAAAAAGAUCUAUAAUAACCAUUAUGACUUGAUGUACUUUAACGGUUUUCAACAAAGCGAUUCAAAUAAUGUUAAAGAGCAUUUAUGUAACAUUUUUAGAAUAAAUAAAAGAUAAAACUAGGAUCUAUGUGGGGUUUACAAAAUUAUGAUAAAACAUGUGUUAAAACCUUUUUGAAACUUCUAUUGUAACGAAUUUUGCUACUUGGGAUGUUAUUGGCAUGUCCCAGUGACCCAGCUGUGACUUCCCGGUUUUCAGUACCUUCAGGAUUUCUAGUGGGUAUAUUAAGCUGGGUGGAAGCGAGGUAUUACGCGCGCGGGUCGCACGCGCCACCCGGUCAUGUCAUAGGUGAAGUCAGAUGUAACACUGCACUAGAGAAUGAGCCUGUCGAAUUAGCAUCAAUAUGUGUUCUUAAUUAA